UAACAAUUAUACGUACAACAAAAACAUAAGAUAUGUGUCUGAUGAAACAAAAUGGAGGUGCAAUUACAAAUAUUGCAAUUCGUUAAAUAAUACUCACAUUAUACUUCAAGCUUUCCAAUCCCAAAUCAAGUACUAGAAAGACAAAAAAUAAGUAAUUGUUUACACUAUUACACAAAGUAACGGAUGGAAAAUAUUCUUGAUAUACCGGGAAUAGUAGCCAUUCCCGAAAAUAAAAUGAAUUUCUUGCGCAAGUUUUUUGGAGGAAAGAAAAAAGAAAAAAAGAAACCACUAAGCGAAUUAGAUUUGUUGCAAAAAUGUCGAUCCACAGAACAGUUUUUGAUAGCAAGACGUGAAAUUCUGGACAAGAAUAUAAAAAAGGAGUUGGCUACAAUUAAAGCAAAUAUCAAGAUUAAUAGACAAGUUGCAUUGAAUGCAUUAAAACGUAAAAAGAUUUAUGAAAAUCAGCUAUCCCAGAUUGAUGAAAUUUUAUUGACUGUUAUAAGACAAAAUAUGUUGGCCUUAACAUAUGUCACCACACAAACACAAUUUCUGUGAAAUCAGCUUUAGACUGUUAAAACUAUCAGAUAAAAUAUGUAUGACAGUUUUGAUGUAUAGUAAGUAAGAAGCUUCAAAGCAUCACAAAUUUCAUGGAAAACAUUUCAUAUCAUACAUUCAUACAAGAUACAAUCAUUUAUACAACUGAAGCAGUUCAAAAACAACUAAAUAAAUUAGAUUCUUCAAAACUUAUGGUUUAUUAUACUUACUUGUUAUGAGUUAUAUAAAAUUACUUUAUAAUUAUAUUAUAAUGUCAAGUUGUAUUAUCACUUAGUAUA